CCAUCGCCGACGACGAUGGCCGCCGCGGCGGAGAAGACGGCCGAGGAGAUCCGCCGCGAGCUCCAAGAGCUCCAGCGCCAGCACCGCGAGAUCAGCGAGCGCCUGCGCGACCCCCGAGGCCUUCGACGCGGCGCUCCCGCCGCCGGCCUCGGCCCGGGCCCCGGAGGCCCCCGCCCGCUCCGCGGCUUCGCCAGACCCGCCCCGGAGCCGGCGGACCAGCCCGAGCCCAAGCGCCGGCUUCUGUCUGCCGUGGUUAAAGUGGAUGGCUCUGGAACUAAUGAGGAUGACGCAGAGGGGCGAGGGGAUGAGCCAACUGCCGCUCAAGGUGGCGAGAGGAGGGGAGCCAGUAAUGGUGGGUUCAGGAGGGAUGGAAGCCAGUGGGUAUCCAGGAGGGAGCUUGAUAAUCAGCUGCCAGAGCCUCUCCCGAGGCCGGCUCCCAAGGAAGAGGACCAGAGCUUGGUGAGGAGGAACAAGAGAAUGCUGGGGAAGCUUCUUGUUGGCACGCUAGAGAAAUUUCAGCAAGAGAACAAAAAACUUUCCAACUCAGAGGCUUUUAUGCGUAGAUCAGAGGCUCAGCAGAAGGCUGAUCAAAAGGCUCGUGAGGACAGUGAAAGAUUGCGGCAGCAAGUGCGGGAGCAAGCAGCUGAGAAGCGUAGGCGUGAUAUGACGCUUCGUGCUCGAGUAGCUGCUAAGUCAGAAGAAAAGAGGUUGGAGCUAUUGUACAUUCAGUGGUCUGAGCAUCACAAAAAGCUGUCCAGUUUCUUAAGGACAAAAGCUGAACCAGCUAUUUAUUACAUGCCGGCUAAACCAAUAGUUGAUGAUCCGCUUAUUGUUGAGCAAAACAAGGAAAAGGCAUUUGAAGAAUGGAAAUCUGUGCGCAGAACGGAGCUCACACAGUUUCAAAAGCAAGUUGAGGAGCAGUAUCUGUCUAACGUUGAGAGGCAGCUGGAAAGAAUUCAGAAUGCCCGGAAUGCUCGGAGGGGGAACGUGCCUGCUAACAUGCAGGAAAUGGACAAGGAGCUGGACACACACAGGGCGGAGCAUGGCCCCAAGGCUCGGCGGAUCCCCGACGGUGGCAACGACGAGGAUGAUGAUGUGGACGUGGACGACAUGGCCGCGGAGGACGACCUGAUGGAUGAAGUGCUUGGCGUUAAUGAGGCGAUCAACGAGGACCCGACCAAGCCAUCUGAAGAGGCUACCGAUGUUGCCCCUGUACCCGAGGAGGCACAGUAGGCAAAGUUAUUUGCAAGCACGGGAAAUCGAAGGUACUCUAGACUCUAAGUGCAGCCCAUUGAAGACGACAACUCAAGCUUUGUUCAACCGAUAUGUGAUGCCUGAGUUGGAACAAUCGGCGUUCCUUUCUUGAUACUUAUGUAAUAAGUUACUUUAAUAAAGACGGUUUUGUGCAUU